AUGAAGUUCUCAGCUGCCGUCGCCGCUACUCUAUGCGCCAGUGCUCUGGCCGCUCCGGCCCCGGCCCCAGCCCCGGCUCGCAGCGUUGCCAAAAACCAAGGACUUGCUCGCAAGUCCCGUCUGAGCAGGGCCAACCAAUUGCAACAGAAGAGGACUUCUAGCCCCACGUUUGGCCACGCUGCCGGCCAUCGCACUGGCCUGAACCACAAGGCUGCAACUAGUGCCAUCACUACAGACCACUCUGCUGCCACCGAAGUUUCUGAGACCACCGACGACUCUGUGGAAGACUGGCUGAACGGGAGCUGGUCCGGUGUUGUUGUUCAGCCUGGUGCGGGUGAUAUUGUGGGUGUCUCUGCGACCUUCGCCCUGCCGAACGUCAAGCUUCCUACCGACGGGGCCCAGGUCAAAGCGACGACUCACACGGCCUCUGCUUGGGUUGGAAUUGACGGCUACAGCUGCGGUACCGGUCUCUGGCAAGCCGGUGUGGACGGCAACGUUGACGAGUCGGGUGCCGUAUCGUGGUAUGCCUGGUAUGAGUGGUACCCGGCCGGAACCAUCGUGGUCGACCUUGGUGACCUUGGCGUCGGUGACAAAAUCUUUGUGAACGUGACCGCCAGCAGCACCACGCAUGGUAGCGUGUACAUGGAGAACCUGGCGGCAGGAAAGAGCUUUUCCAAGGACGUUACGUCGACUGACGAGCUCUGUCUCGCCGAUGCCGAAUGGAUCCAGGAAGAUCUUGUCGCCGAUAGUACUGCUGAGGGCCAGGCCGACUUUGGCACCAUCACUUUCGCAAACGCUACCGCCUAUACAAAGACGGGCACUCUGCCGCCGACCUCGGAUACCAAUCUCAUGGACAUCAAGGAUUCCAACAACCGCCAGCUUACUUCGACCACUUACACGAAGGACGCGGUCAUUAUCAAGUACUUGUAA